AUGCAGUGGACCAAGUCAAAGCAUUGUUUUAAAGGUCACUGUAUCUGGUUAACUCCAGAUAUCUUGAAGCAAGAUGGAAACUGGGGAGCAUGGAGUAAAUUUGGUUCCUGUUCCCGAACUUGUGGAACAGGAGUGAAAUUCAGGACACGCCAGUGUGACAAUCCACACCCUGCUAACGGAGGCCGCACAUGUUUUGGGCCAACCUAUGAGUUCCAGCUAUGCAAUGUUGAAGAUUGCCCUGAAGAUGAAGACUUCAGAGAGCAGCAGUGCAGGCAGUGGGAUCCUGUUUUUGAAUAUCAGAACAUGAAGCAUCACUGGCUCCCAUAUGAACAUAUUGAUGCUAAAGAAAGGUGCCACCUGUACUGUGAAUCCAAGGAAACUAAUGAUGUUGUGUAUAUGAAAAGACUGGUGCAUGAUGGAACACGGUGCUCCUAUAAGGAUUUGCACAGUAUCUGUAUGAGAGGAGAGUGCCUGAAAGUUGGCUGUGACAAAGUAAUAGGCUCAUCAAAGCAAGAAGAUAAAUGUGGUGUGUGCGGUGGAGAUAAUACCCAUUGCAAAGUGGUGAAAGGAACAUUCUCCAGGGUACCAAAGAAACAAGGUUAUCUUAAGAUGUUUGAAAUUCCAGCUGGUGCAAGGCAUUUGCUCGUACAAGAAUCUGAUGCCACUGUUCAUAAUCUUGCGAUCAAGAACAGAGAAACAGGGAAAUUUAUUUUAAAUGAAGACAACUAUGUGCCAGACUCCAAAACUUUCAUCUACAUGGGUGCAGAAUGGGAGUAUCGGAAUGAUGAGGACAGGGAAGUGGUGCAAACGAUGGGCCCUUUACGUCACGGCAUCACCAUUCUGGUAAUUCCUCAUGGUAAUGGGAAGAUUUCAUUGACAUACAAAUUUAUGAUCCAUGAAGAUUCUUUAAAUGUCGAUGAUAACAAUGUCUUGAAAGAUUCUAUACCAUAUGAAUGGGCUCUGAAAAAAUGGUCACAGUGCUCAAAACCUUGUGGAGGAGGCCAUCAAUUUACAAAAUAUGGUUGCCGGAGGAAGAAUGACCUUAAGAUGAUUCAUCGCAGUUACUGUGAGUCCAUCUCAAAGCCCAAACCCAUUCGUAGAGUGUGCAAUGUCCAGGAAUGUUCCCAGCCAAUAUGGGUGACAGGUGACUGGGAACCUUGCAGCAAAAGUUGUGGGAAAACAGGAUAUCAGGUGCGUUCAGUACGAUGUAUCCAAACACUGCAUGACAACACAAACCGCUCUGUCCAUACCAAAUACUGCAGCAGUGAUCGUCCAGAGGGCAAGAGGGUUUGCAAUCGGGAGCUUUGCCCUGCACAGUGGUGGAUAGGACCCUGGUCACAGUGUUCUGUAACCUGUGGUAAUGGCACACAAGAAAGGCCAGUUCUCUGCAAGACAAGAGAAAAUGUUACUGGCUUUUGUAAAGAAGAUAGGCCAGAAACAACAAGGAUCUGUAGGCUAUCUUCAUGUCCAAAAAAUUCAUCAGAUACAUCCAAGAAGACCUACAUGAUACAGUGGCUGUCAAGACCGGACACAGAUUAUCCAAUCCAGAAAAUAUCUUCAACAGAACAUUGCCAAGGAGACAGAUCAAUGUUUUGUCGCAUGGAAGUUCUCCAUCGGUACUGUACCAUUCCUGGAUAUAAUAAACUGUGUUGCAAGUCUUGUGGUAUGUACACUAAUGAAAUAGGACAUGGAAACUCAACAGUUAAUGAUAUUGAAGAGGACAUCACUCCCACCCUUGCAACAUCUGUUGAAGAUCAUACACCACAUAGAACAACAGGUCCACCAGUUGUUGCCAAGGUAAAUAUCUCCAGUUCUAAUGUAACCAUAGAGCAGCCAGAAGGCAACACACUGGAUGUACCCUAUAAAAUUCAUGAGCUGGAAAAUGAAGUGCCACAACACAACAUCAUCUGGAGGAGGAGGAGACCACCAUAUGAAAGGACAAGGAACCAAAGAAUUCAGGAGCUGAUUGCAGAAAAAAGGAAAAAAGGAAUGCUCAGGGAAUUACGUUAAAAUGGAAAUAUAACUAUAUAUACAGAUAUAUAUUUUCUCUCUUAUAGAGAUGUUACAGUGCUGCAGUAAUGCCCAUGCCACCCUAGAGACUAAGUUUUUAAAAUAGUGGUGCUAUGGCAGAAAUGCCUAAUGCUAUAGCUUGCAAUAAAUAGAAAUGUAGGCUUAUUUAAUUAAAGAAAAGAUAAACAGUAUAACAAAGGUUAGGGUUACAGGUGGUCAUAGCUUAACUGCUAUCCAACAAUGCUACACACAGGUAGUCCUUGUUUAGCGACUGCCUCAUUUAGCAACCGUUUGUAGUUACAGUGGUGAUGAAAAAGUAAUA